AUGUCACAACCCGCAGCGCGCGUGCUAAGCAGCGGCAUGAGACUGCCACCAUUGCCUACCAUACGAGAACUGGUGAAACUAUAUAAACUGCAAGCCAUGAAGCAACUCAGUCAAAACUUUCUAAUGGACGAGCGCCUUACAGAUAAGAUAGUCAAGUCAGCGGGCCGCAUAGAUAGCAAUGACAUAGUGCUGGAGGUGGGUCCAGGUCCGGGUGGCAUAACACGUUCCAUACUGCGUCGCCAACCGCAGCGUCUGAUGCUCGUAGAGAAAGAUCAACGCUUCGGCGAAACACUACAGUUGCUGCGAGAGUGUGCAGCUCCACUAAACAUCCAAUUGGACAUCUAUCACGAGGAUAUUUUGCGCUUUAACAUCGAGCAACAUGUGCCAGACACAACGCAGCGACUACAUCUUAUAGGCAACUUGCCCUUUGCCAUCUCUACGCGCUUACUAAUCAAUUGGUAUGCAGAUCUGGCAGCUAGACGGGGCGCCUUUCGACGCAAUGACACCUGCAUGACGCUCACCUUUCAGAAGGAGGUAGCCGAACGCAUCUGUGCCCCGCUGGCUAGCGAGCAGCGCUGUCGUCUUUCAGUUAUGUCUCAAAUCUGGACACAGCCCGUGCUCAAGUUUAUUAUACCCGGCAAGGCGUUUGUGCCCAAGCCACAGGUUGAUGUAGGCGUGGUCAAGCUUAUACCACUCAAGCAGCCCAAGACACAGUUGCCCUUUUCGCUUGUCGAGCGCGUUGUGCGUCAUAUAUUUAGCAUGCGUCAAAAGUAUUGUCGUCGUGGUUAUAGCAACUUGUUGCCUCCAGAGGAACGCGAGGAGCACACACAUUUGCUGUUUGAGCGUGCCGAUGUUAAGGAUACACUGCGUCCUUUCGAGCUAUCUGUAGAGGAGUGCCUUCGUCUUGCAACUGUUUAUGCUGAACAUGUUGCAGCUUAUCCUGAGGUAGCCAAAUAUGAUUAUCGUGCGCCCAAGUAGCGUCAGCUGGAGAGCAUCAUGUAAGUCAACGAUUUCCAAGUUUUAUUCGUUGUUGUUUUUGUGUAAAAAAUUGUAUAUUGCAUAAGUCGUAAGAGAAAGACUAUUAAAUAUUGUUAAAAUGCUUAA